UGGAAAUCAUGAAACAGAAUUUGAUAUCGUCUGUUCAGAUUAUAUUGUUACUUCCUCUGACUACAGUGGGUCUGACAAGUCAAUCAUUCCCUGGAAAACCUAAGAUAAUAAGAUGUCGUUCUCUAGAAAAGGAAACCUUUUCUUGUUGGUGGAAGCCUGGUUCAGAUGGAGGACUUCCUACCAAUUACACCCUGUUCUACAGCAAGGACAGUGAAGAAAAAAUCUAUGAAUGUCCAGACUACAGAACAUCAGGUCCCAAUUCCUGCUACUUCAAUAGAAACCACACUAAUUCAUGGACAACAUAUAAUAUCACUGUAACAGCAACGAAUGAGAUUGGAAGUAACAGCUCGGAUCCUCAGUAUGUGGAUGUGACUUCCAUAGUUCAGCCAGGUUCUCCUGUGAAUCUCACAUUAGAAACACAAAGAUCUGCUAAUAUAAUGUACCUUUGGGCAAAAUGGUCUCCACCUCUAUUAGCUGAUGCCAGCUCUAAUCAUUUAUAUCACUAUGAGCUACGACUAAAACCCGAGGAAAAGGAAGAGUGGGAGGAGACAGUACCUGUUGGAGUACAGACACAGUGCAAAAUAAAUAGGUUAAGUGCCGGCAUGAGGUAUGUUGUUCAGGUCCGUUGUAUGUUAGACCCUGGAGAAUGGAGUGAAUGGAGCUCUGAAAGACGCAUUCUGAUCUCUGGUGGACAGUCACCUCCUGAAAAGCCUACAAUAACCAAAUGCCGCUCCCCAGAAAAGGAAACAUUUACCUGUUGGUGGAAACCUGGUUUCGAUGGAGGGCAUCCUACUAACUACACUUUACUUUACAGCAAAGAGGGAGAAGAACAAGUUUAUGAAUGUCCAGAUUACAGAACUGCAGGCCCCAAUUCUUGCUACUUUGAUAAAAAACACACUUCUUUCUGGACCAUAUACAAUAUUACUGUCAAGGCAACUAAUGAAAUGGGAAGUAACAGCUCUGAUCCUCAUUAUGUGGAUGUGACCUACAUAGUACAGCCAGAUCCUCCUGCAAAUGUUACUCUAGAAUUAAAAAAGCCAAUAAAUAGAAAACCAUAUAUGGUAUUGACAUGGUCUCCACCCCCACUGGCUGAUGUCAGAUCUGGAUGGCUUACCCUCGACUAUGAAUUGCGACUGAAGCCUGAAGAAGGAGAGGAAUGGGAGACUAUUUUUGUUGGACAGCAAACACAAUAUAAAAUGUUUAGUUUAAAUCCAGGAAAGUACAUUGUACAGAUUCACUGCAAACCAGACCACCACGGAUCAUGGAGUGAAUGGAGCUCAGAGAAGUACAUUCAAAUUCCUACUGACUACAGAGUAAAAGAUAUGAUUGUGUGGAUCAUCUUGGGUGUCUUGUCAUCUCUCAUAUGUUUAAUCAUGAGCUGGACAAUGAUUUUAAAAGGAUACAGGAUGAUAACUUUUAUCCUACCACCAGUUCCAGGACCAAAGAUAAAAGGUAUAGAUACACAUCUGUUAGAGACAGGGAAAUCUGAAGAACUGUUGAGUGCACUUGGUUGCCAUGGUUUCCCUCCAACAUCAGACUGCGAGGAACUACUGAUUGAGUAUCUGGAAGUAGAGGACAGUGAGGAUCAUCAACUUAUGCCAAGUCAUGACAAUGGUCGUCCCAGUAAAAAUGCAAAAAUUACACCCAAGGAAACAGACAGAGACUCAGGACGAGGGAGCUGUGAUAGCCCUUCUCUGCUUUCUGAAAAGUGCAGGGAGACCUGCGCCCUUCCAUCAGCACUUCAAACACAAGAUGUAAGAGAUGUUCAAGAAAAGAAAGCAGGGAAAAGAAGCUGGGAAAGUCACUGUGUAGGCUCAGAACGAAAAGCAAUCCUUAUUAACAAUGAGAGUGCAAAAUCAUCCAGAUGGCCUGCAGUUCAGUUACCUAACAAUCAGCCUCCUGUUUUUGCGUAUCACAGCAUUCUAGAAGCUAACAAGAUAACACUGACUACCACAAAUAUGAAUGUUGCAGCAGUUUUGGUGGAAAAUGAAGAAAAGCAUCAGUCACUAUAUACUAUCUCUGAAACCAUCCCUGGAGGCAUGGAAAAGCAAGAAGAGAUGGAAAAUUUGCUUUCCAAAACUGAGCAAACCACAGUGCGGGUCAAACAAAACAGAUCCAAUGAAAAGUCACCGUUUUUGGGUGCUGCAUUCAUGGAUUACGUAGAAGUUCACAAAGUCAGACAGAAUGAGGAACCAUCAGUAUUACUGAAACAUAAAGAAAACAGUGGAAAGAUUGAAAAAUACACUAUUUCAGGAGCCAGCAAAGAAUACACAAAGGUCUCAACAGUCAUGAACCAUAGUAUUCUAGUAUUAAUGCCAGAUUCACGAGUUCUGCACGCACCUAUGGCCCAAGAACCUGCAAAAGAAACAUCUCAGAACCUUCAGCAAGGUCAAGUGGAAAAAAACACGAGCUACUGUCUGACAGCUCCGCGUGACUGCAAAAGAGAAACUAGUGGAUCAGACUACAUGGACCCAUCCUCAUUUAUGCCCCCUUUUAAAUAACUAAAAGUGUGAUCACUCUUAAUCAGGUAAUGCUACAGAAUGAAUCAAAUACAAUCAGUAUAGUAAUG